UUAAACCCACAUUUUCUACAAUGCCAACAACAGAAGAAGUACAGGCAAAAAUAUCGGCGUUCUCAACCUCAUGGGUGGGAUUGCUUAUUGCAGUGUUGGUGGUUUACAAAAUCGCCUACACGGUUCAGAAUAUGAUACUUGCCAAAAAAAUGGGUUGCAAAGCCCCCACCACCUUUCUCCAAGAUUAUGCCUUGGGAUUUAGAAACGUCGGUGAGAUGCUUAAGAACAAGAAACUGGGAUUUUUGAACAACUUUACUCUUCAGAGAUUUAACCAGUUUGGAGACACUAUUUCUCUUCGAGUGGCUGGUAACGUUAUGUUUAUCACCAGAGAGCCGGAAAACAUCAAGGCUAUUUUGGGAACUCAGUUCAACGAUUUCGACUUGGGAAUCCGGUACAAGCAGUUUUUGCCGUUAUUGGGAGACGGCAUCUUUACCUUGGACCAUAAAGGCUGGAAAAAUUCCAGAGCCAUGUUGAGACCUCAGUUUGCCAGAGAACAAGUGGCCCAUGUCAAGAUGUUGGAACCACAUGUACAAAACUUGUUUGCUCAUAUCCGCAAGUACCAGGGCCAGGUGUUUGAUAUCCAAACGUAUUUCUUCAAGCUUACAAUGGACUCUGCCACCGAGUUUUUGUUUGGGGAGUCGGUGGAAAGUUUGAGAGACGAGAGUAUCAAUAUGGUUCCCACCGGCGAGUGUGAUGUGGGGUUAAAGACCCGGUUUGCCGACUCGUUCAACGACGCACAGACGGUGUUGGCCACCAGAGCCAUGUUGCAGCAGUUAUAUUUUUUGGUCAACACCACCAGAUUCAAGGAAGCCUGUAAGGAUGUGCACGGCUUGACGGACUUUUUCGUUCACCAGGCAUUAAACACCUCUCCUGACGAGUUAGAAAAGAAGCUGAAGGGUGGGUAUAUUUUCUUGUUUGAGUUGGUGAAGCAGACAAGAGAUCCCAAGAUCUUGAGAGAUCAGGCCUUGAACAUCUUAUUGGCUGGAAGAGAUACAACUGCUGGAUUGUUGAGUUUCACGUUCUUUGAGUUGGCCAGGAAUCCCCAAAUGUUUGACAAAUUGAAGGAGGAAAUCCAUGCUACUUUUGGUGCUGGCGCUGAAUCUCGUAUCGACGAUAUCACCUUUGAAAGCUUGAAAAAAUGUGAAUACUUGAAGGCCGUCAUCAAUGAAGCAUUGAGAAUGUACCCUUCGGUUCCCCAGAACUUCAGAAUAACCAACAAAAACACCACACUUCCAAGAGGCGGUGGUCCCGACGGCCUUUCACCAAUUUUCAUUCCUAGGCAUUCUACUGUGGCCUACUCGGUAUAUGCUACCCACAGACACGAACGCUUCUACGGGAAGGAUGCUGAGGUGUUUAGGCCAGAGAGAUGGUUUGAUGAAGGAACAAAGAAGUUGGGCUGGGCCUUUUUACCUUUCAACGGGGGUCCCAGAAUCUGUCUUGGACAGCAGUUUGCUCUUACUGAGGCUUCUUAUGUGGUGGCCAGAAUAGUACAAGAGUUUAGUAGCUUGAAGUCAUUCGAUGAGCAGUACCCACCCAAACUUAACUCCCAGUUGACGGUGAAUCUCGAAGACGGAUGUCAUAUCACUUUGACUUGAGCAUACCUUCUUGGUUUAUGUAUUUAUUUAUAGUGUAUUCAAAUGUUGAUUCUUUUCGCAUUC